GCAUGUCUUUUGGACACUUCAUUUAUAACUCGAUUAAGAACAGUAGCCUGCUAAAAAACACAGCAGCACUGGUAGAGAUUAUGUUGGGCUGUCUAUAUACAAGAGUACAGAUAUCAGGUAUUUUAAUUGUCACUUCAUUGCUCCCUUUCUCCCAGACUAAAGAACGCUAUGAGAAAUCUCUUGAAGAACUCGACAAGUUGACCCCUCAGUAUAUGGAGAACAUGGAGCAGGUGUUCGAGCAGUGGCAGCAGUUUGAAGACAAACGAAUCCGCUUCUUCAGAGAGCUGCUGCUGGAGGUUAAACAGCACCUGGAUCUCUCAACGAAUCACAGAUUCCAGACAAUCUACCACACGCUGGAAGACACAAUCUCUGCCACUGAUGCUGAAGACGACCUGAAGUGGUUCCGGUCCAAUCAUGGCCCCGGCAUGCCAAUGAACUGGCCCCAGUUUGAG